CAACUUGUUUGCUAUAGGCCGCCGUAGAUCAUCCAAACACGCUUGCUGCUAAGGAAGGAACAAAUGGUUUUUGAGAAGAAGUCUUCGGGUGAGUUUAACCCUCUUUUCUUAUAAAUAGUUGCUUCUGGUUAUAAUAGCCUAACUAUAUCCAGUACAUAACUUAAGUACAAGUCACAAAGACAUGACAAGUAGUAAGACUAAACAACCGUAGAAUUUCGUUUGUCACUUGAGCUUGCUAACUAGCUAAGUGGCUAACCGGCGGUGAUGUGUCGGUAGUUAGUAUGUUUGACAUGCUAUACUGAAACAUUAUAGAGCAUCUCUGAUUGACAGCCUAAAGCAGACGAAAUAAAUGAGAGGAAGUACAUGACAACAGAAAGUCACUUUCAGUACUUUUCCAACAGCAAGGUGUAUUUGAGCAGGGCUAAAACAAAAGCCUGCACACCCAGUAACGGUCCAGGAGGGUUUAGGCUACUGUUACUAUUGCCUUUAAAACAUGACACCAGUGUUGACAAAAAUGACUUAAUCCAUAAAACUACAGAUAUUGGAUGUUUUAUAGAAAAUGUACCCCCUCCCCUCCCCCAGCCCGUGUUGCAGAGGCAGGACAGAGGCGUGUGUUAGAUGAUGCAACACGCCAGCGGAGGUUAAAUCGCCAGCUGGAUGCUUUAGAGAAGGACAACUUCCAGGAUGACCCUCUCUCCUCACUGCCUCCCACCGGUCCUACCGCCCGCCUACCUGCCUUUAGCGAAGGCGACGAACCUGGUGUGUUUGUAUGUGACUGUGUGUGAGGAACACCUUUUAGACCUGCCCAGGGCUACUGUGAGGAGUUGGUUGAGAGCUUUACAUACAUUUUCCCAUGUAUACUUCCCCCUUCUCUCCAUUUUAUAUUUCUCUCUCGCUCAUCUUCUCCUGCCUCUCUCUUCCUCCUCCUUCCGUCAUUCUUCCUGUCUCUAGGUAAGAAGAAGAGGAAAACUAGAGGCGAUCACUUCAAACAGAGAUUCCGCAAAAACUUCCAGACUCUACUAGAAGAGGAGGUAGAUAAUAGAACUAGGACACCUCAAAGGUAUCCUUGCGGUGGCAAGCGCAGAAGUGUACCCGCUACACCCCAUUUGAAUCAGCUGUUAAAAAAAGAAAGAAAUGCCACUUAUCCUUUUAUCUAUAAAAUGUCUUAUACAACUAGCUACAUUUGUUUUAUCACUUUACACAUUUUAUUUGGGUAUUCCACCCCUGUAAACAUAAUUUGUCUGACUCGCUAGUGGAGAAGGAGUCUCAUUACAAGCGCAUUUUCAUCCACAUUCCCUCUCCUCGCCGCCUCUCCUCGAUUACCUUAGGACGUUUUUCAAAAGGAGGCGAGAGACGACGCAGGAUUGAGCAAAACCAAAUGAGAUUCUCCCCAUCUUUGCUGAGUCUAACCCUAACCUCAAAUCAAAUCAAAUCAAAUCAAAUCAAAUUUUAUUGGUCACAUGCGCCGAAUACAACAGGUGCAGACAUUACAGUGAAAUGCUUACUUACAGCCCUUAACCAACAGUGCAUUUAUUUUAAACAAAAAAGUAAGAAUAAAACAACAACAAAAAAGUGUUGAGAAAAAAAAGAGCAGAAGUAAAAAAUAAAGUGACAGUAGGGAGGCUAUAUAUACAAUAGAAUAAAGUGACAGUAGGGAGGCUAUAUAUACAGGGGGGUACCGUUGCAUAGUCAACCUGGCCCUGCUGUGUUGUGAUUGGCAGAACGUGUCUGAGAGGGAGGAGCCUAACUACCUGUCGGCUGCAGCCCCUCCUUCCUCGCUCCCCCCUCGUCUGUUCUGCUCAGUCUGUGGAUUUCCCUCGCCCUACACCUGCUGCUCCUGUGGGGGGCGCUACUGUUCCACACGCUGCCUCACAACCCACAGAGAGACCAGGUAACUCACACUACACACAUACUGUUCCACACACUGUAUACACACACCCACUGUUACACACGUUGUCCACACACAGAGAGACCAGGUAACAUGCAUGCAUCAUGUGCAGACACACAUUGAAAACAACACACACACACACAUCUACACACACAGUAUUGUGUAUCAGCCCCACAACCCGUACCCUCACAUCUUUCUCUCUCUAUCAGGUGUCUGAAGAUGACUCUGUAGCUGCUAAUCUGAUCAUAUUUGGUCAUGCUCACAGAAUUUGGAUGGUAAACUCAUCCACCUGUAGCUAUCUAGAAUGUUACAACAAUACAGGAACGGCACCACGGAGAAUUACUAGUGUACCCGAACAUUGCUACAAUGUCUCCCCAGAGAUGCUAUGGAGAGAAGGCUACCAGAGAACGAUGGGGAACACUGUUAGAACGUUACAGCAUGCACACAGUGGCAUAGCACUGUGCAGUGUGAAGUUCGUGUUGUGGAGUAAGACCUGAAGGGGGGG